GGUUCAGCGUGCUCCUCCGCUCCGCGGGGCGCAGCUAAAGUGAAUCCUGGACUUUCUAUCAACAGAAGUUCUUUCUGUCAUGUUAAAUUAUCCACCGGUAACGAAUGUGAUAACCGAGCAGCCAAUCAGAUCGGAGGGUUUCGGACCGUAUUCACGGUGCUGACUAUGACGGUCCUGAAUCUGUCCUUUGCCGCCUGUGGAUUCUUGGGGAUCUACCACUUGGGGGCCGUGGGAGCCUUCCUCCGCCAUGGCAACCAGCUGAUUGGCUCCCUCGGGGCCUGUGCAGGGGCCUCGGCCGGGGCCCUGGUGGCUGCUGUGAUGAUCACGGCCCCCGACAAGUUGGAGGAGUGUAAAGACUUCACUUACAGGUUUGCUCAGAAUGUGAGAGCACAGCAGCUCGGCGCCAUGACACCAGGAUACAACUUCAUGCUGACGUUACGGGAGGGGAUGGAGGAGAUUCUACCCGGUGACGCUCACAGUCUGGCCACGGACCGCCUCCACGUCUCAAUAACACACUCCAGAAGUGGCAGGAACCACAUUGUGUCGAGGUUCACCUCCAGGGAGGAGCUCAUAAAGGCUCUACUGGCCAGCAGCUUUGUUCCUGUCUAUGCUGGACUCAAACCAGUGGAAUUCAGGGGACAGAAAUGGAUUGAUGGAGGGUUCACUGACAGCCUGCCAAUUCUGCCUGUGGGGCGAACCAUCACCGUGUCUCCCUUUGCUGGACUGCAGGAUGUGUGUCCUGUCCACAGUGGGCACUUCAACACUCAUCUCAGGCUGGCCAACAUGAACGUUAUGUUCUCCAUGGAGAACAUCAAACGUCUGAACCAGGCUCUGUUCCCUCCAUCAACCAGCGGCAUGCACUUCUUAUGCGAACAAGGUUUCGAUGACGCCGUGAGGUUCCUAAAGAGAGAGGACUGGAUGAGCUGACGGGAAAAAAACAAAACUCAUGGAAAGAACUUGCUCUUACGAACGAGCACGAAGCCAAAUAUCAUUCGCCGAAAUGACAGAUUUGAUUGAUUUUACUGUAUUCUAUUUCCAGCGUGACUUUAGUUUUAUAGUGUCUCCAUGAAGCGAUGCUGGAGAGAAGCUACCAGCACAUGGAUUCAACAGCUCCAUGCAGACCGAUCUGUGAUGGCCUCAGUGUAUAUUUAUAAAGCAGAGCAUGAAAGAG